AUGACGACUAAUGAAUAUGAUUAUCAAACUUUACUUGCUAAAACUGAAAACGAAGAAUUAGAACAACUUGCAUCUGUUUAUCAUCAACUAGGCUGUCUUUCUUUCAAUUCAAAUCGAGCUAUAUCUUUUUAUAAAAGAUCCAUUGAAAUUAAUCUUUAUUAUCGACCAACUGAUUAUGAUCUACUCUCUACAAGUUACAAUAAUCUUGGUGCUCUUCUUAAUAAACAUGGUGAUUAUAAUCAAGCAUUGAAAUAUUAUCGAUGUGCUUUAAAUACUGAUCUUCGUGAACCGGAAAUUAAUCAACUUAAAAUUGCUACUUGUUACAAUAAUAUCGGUAAUAUUUUAAAAAAACAAGGUAAUAAUCCAGAAGCAAAUAAACAUUUUCGUCAGGCAUUAACUAUUCAACUUAAAAACGUUUCAUUUAAUGAUCUGAUAUUAAUUACAACUUAUCAUAAUCUUGGUUCAGUAUAUUGUUUGAUGAAAGAUUAUCCUUUAGCAAUAGAAUAUUAUGAAAAAUCUGUUAAAAUUUUAGAAGAAUAUCAUCCUCUACAAUAUUCAUUAAUGGCUUAUACAUAUAAUAAAAUUGGUUCGGUAUAUAAUUUAAUGAAAAAUUAUGCCGUUGCUUUUUCUUGUCAAAAGAAAGCACUUAAAAUGCAAGAAAAAUGUUUUCCUUCUGACAAUCCAUCAUUAGCUACAAGACAUUUUAACAUGGCUAUAGCAUUGGAAGGUUUAAAACGAUUUGAAGAAGCUGUCGAUCAUGUUACACAAGCUAUUGAAAUAUUACGACAAACAUUAGGACCUCAUCAACGUAAAAUACGACAUUAUCAAAAAUAUCUUGAUAAACUUCGUCACAAAUUGUAA